CCCCAUUUCUUGCAGCCAUCUCGCACGCCAAUCAAAACAUUACAGAGCAUCGUAAUCUGGUGUUUUGUACCAGAGAUUCAUCUACAGAGAGGUUAAAAUCGGCGCAGCAUUGAGUACGUAAAGCCAGGAUGACGGUGGGCUCGUACUGGAACCUUUGUGUGGACCGCCACGACAAGGUGUAUGUCCUCACAAUGCAAAAGCCGCCCGAGAAUCGGAUUAAUGUUCGGUACGCGCAGGAAAUCAUCAAAGCCCUGCGGGAUAUAGAACACGAGCUUGGGCCCGAGUCGGACGGAUGUGUCAUUAUUAGAGGCAACGAUGAGAAAUUCUGGUGUACUGGUUUGGACCUCGACGAAGUGGAAGCAAACCCAUAUGCCAACCCCGAUGGCUUCUUCCCGCUACUCGCAACGCUCCUCGACUACCCUUUCCCUACAAUAGCACUCAUAACUGGUCACACUUUCGGCGGCGCAUGUCCAUUCGCUCUAUCCCACGACUACCGAAUUAUGAACUCAAAGCGCGGCUUUUUCUCCAUGCCACCCGUCAACCUCGGUCUUCAUUUUCCCGGCAUCGGCUUCCUUCCGCGACUGAAACUCCGUCCUCAGAUCGCUCGGAAGAUGCUACUUGAGGCGCACAAGUGGACAGGGCAAGAGGCAUUGGCAGACGGGAUCGUUGAUGAGAUUGCAGAGCCAGAUAAAAUGCUUGACGUCGCGCUGAAGAAGGCCAAGGAAAUCCAAGGCAGAGCGAAGAUGGGCGUGUAUAGUUUGUUGAGAAAUGAGCUUUGGGGCGAAGCUUCAGAAGCGUUUAGGAAGAUUAGCUAUGUGCAUGGGAAACUUACCAACACCCCUCCGAAGGCGAAGAUCUAGACGUUUGGAUUCCGGGCCAGAAGGAGCGGCUGCGUCAGCUUGACCCGGCGAAAUGGACCGGUGUAUCAAGCUCGGAGAGCUGAAACUGCGAGGUCAAAGAUUUGUAUAUAUAUCCAAUGCCAC